UCAGUCACCCAGCGUAUGCUGUCUGUCCCUGAGAGCCUGCUCAGCCUUUGAGUAGGAUUGUGGACAGUUCUCUGCCGGGGCGCUGGUCAGCCACCAUGGCGGAUGAGAAGACCUUCCGAAUUGGCUUCAUCGUGCUGGGUCUUUUCCUGCUAUCCCUUGGCACGUUCCUAAUGAGCCACGAUCGACCCCAGGUCUACGGCACCUUCUACGCCAUGGGCAGCAUCAUGGUGAUCGGGGGCGUCAUCUGGAGCAUGUGCCAAUGCUACCCUAAGAUCACCUUUGUGCCUGCAGACUCUGACUUGUCCCCAAAGGCCCUGAGCCUGCUGGAGAGCGGGCUUUCAGAGGUAAAGAGCCCUCAACUUCCCUAUGUCAGGCUGUGGGAAGAAGCUGCCUAUGACCAGAGCCUUCCAGACUUCACUCACAUCCAAAUGAAGGUCAUGGGCUACAGUGAGGACCCCAGGCCCCUGCUGGCUCCUGAUCUGAAAACAGGAACCAGCAGUGGCGGAGAAGGAGAGCCUCGUACUGCUCCGACCUGGAUGGAGGCUGCGGUGGUCGUCCACAGAGGCUUGGAUGACAACGAGGGAGAAAGAUCCCGUACUCACAGCAGCCCUCCAGUGUGUUCCCAAGGCUCUGCACCCUUGGCCUCAUUCCAAGAUGACCUGGACAUGGGCUCCAGUGAAGGCAGCAGCCCUCACCCAUCCCCACCCGACAGGGAUGAGGCACACCCGGAGGUGCCCUGGGCCAGCAAGGGUCCAUUGGAUCGCUUCAGUGACUUUGCUCUGAUUGAUGACCCCCCCGCAUCAGAGGACAUGGUCCUGGAGAGGCAGAUGCGGGGGGCAGCUCUGCCCAGCAAGCAGCGGCGGUCCCUGAGGAUGAAGGAGAAGGAGACUGUCCACACAGGUGCAGAGGAACCGGAGCAGGAGGAGGAAGACCUGUAUUAUGGGCUGCCAGACAGCCCUGGCGACCCCCUCCCUGACAAAGAGUUAGGCUUCGAGCCUGAUGCCCAGGGCUGAGAUAAAACUGUAUCCUGGGUCUAGCCCGACAGCACUGCUCUCUUCAUGUGACCCCACAAAGUCUCAGUUUUCCCACCUCCCAGACGAGCUUCUACGGAGGGUCAAGUGAGGCAGUGAGCUGAAGCAUCUUGGGAACUGAAAAGAACCACACAUGGGGUGGUGGGGAGCAGCAGUCACCCUUCCAGUGAGGCACACGCUUCUGGUUGUAGCUUGCUCUGCUAACCUGCAGGUAGAGUGGGGCUUUCUGAGGUGCUGUGUUACAGCCAGACCCUCAGAAGUCCUUUCUUUCUCCCAAUGCUGGCCUCUGAUUGGGCCGUUUUGUGGUGCUCCCCAGGCCCCUGCCCAACUCCUUCAUGGAGGCCGUUCAAGGUCCCAUGUCCACUGAGGUUUUUGUCCUCUGGUGGGUAGUUUGACUCACCCCACUCAGAGCUCACGCGGUCCCCUGUCUCAGUCUCCCCGGUGGUUUCCUGCUCUGAGUUCUGUGACCCUCUAUAGCUGACCUCUGCUGACCUGACAUGACCUCUGGACAGAUCUCUGGUCUCUCCUGUUCCUGCAAUUGCCCCUAGCCCACGCCCUUGCUCGAGUUGUCUUCUUCCAUGGCCCUACGUGCCGAGUGAAUUCACACUCAUUGCUAUACCUCUGCCUGAGUGACGACU